AUGUCUCUCGCCAGGCGCACAAUAGACGCCUUCUUGGGUCUGCUCUUCCCCUGGAACUUCUUACUAGUGUCGGCGACGUGUCUGCCCAAGACCAUACUCAGGCUCCUGCGCGAGCGCAAGUUCGCCGAACUCCUAUCUCCCUCUAGAUUGAAGGAAGCUUGGUUCAGCGAUCUCUGGGGAGGCAUCGCUGGGCCGAAUAUCAGGCGUGAUGCCGCCGUGCGUAUCAUCCCGCUGUUGCAGGGUCGUGCUACUAAAGGGGCUGUCGUCGAUGAACAGGUUUCCCCUGGACUUGCUGGCACGGUCAUAGAGGUCGGCGCCGGCUCUGGGCUCUGGGUUGACAUGUACAGCGAGAUCGCCGAGGUGCGCGCCGGCUCUGGGCUCUGGGUUGACAUGUACAGCGAGAUCGCCGAGGUGCGCGCCGAACCCGACGGCGCGGCCAGGCGGCGGAAGGUCGGUAGCAGCGCUGCUGUCGAUGGGCCUAUCACACGCGUAUACGGCAUAGAGCCGAAUGUGAACCAACACCCGGCCCUACGACGAGCCAUCGCAAAGGCCGGGCUCGAAGACGUAUACCGGAUCGUGCCGGUAGGAAUCGAAGACCUAGACGACGCGACGAAAUGGGACGGAGUCGUAGAGAAGGGCAGCGUGGACUGCAUCGUGAGUAUCCUGUGCCUGUGCAGCAUCCCCGACCCGGAGAAGAAUAUCCGCGAGCUAUACCAGUACCUCAAGAAGGGAGGACGAUGGUAUAUAUACGAGCAUGUGCGGUGCAACAACAGCUGGUACAUGAAGGCGUAUCAACGCUUACUCAACGUAUUCUGGCCGCACUUCAUCGGCGGGUGUCUGCUCUGCCGACAGACGGAGAAGACGCUACGGGAGGCAGGGUCCUGGGAGAAGAUCGACGUCGCUCAGCCCGUGACCGAGCCGUGGUAUCAAGUCGUCCCACACAGAUUAGGGGUUUUUACGAAGUAA